CUUAUCAAAGUCCACUCGUGAUUGAAACCGGAAGUAAUGACAGGUGGCGCUACUGAAUGUUAAAAUGUCAACGUGUGUCCCUAAUGAAUAUUCGAGGAGAGGUUUGUACCUAAUGUGACGUUAGACCAUUUGACACCGGCGUCUGGUGAAAUUUUCAACUUGCCAAAACCUCGGAGUUGACAUCAUGUUUCAAAGUACAGCGACAAAUUUAUAAACCGCUGUAUAGUUCAUCAGUGGAGUAACUCAAAAUUUAGCGGAUAAACUGUUAACUUAAAAGAUUUCAACUCAUAUAGAUAUCUACUUUUGCAUUUGAAGAUUUUUCAGAAAGAUGGAGUAUAAAUUAAGAAAGUUAAGCAGUGUGACAUUGCUACUAGUUAUAGUUUUUGCCCUUGUACUGGAAGAAGUAGCAAGUCAAGAUGAUAAACCAGCGGUUGUUCCGGCAGGAUUCAAAUCACUGGGAUCGUCUGAAUCCAAGGAAAAGGUUGAUAAUGAAAGUUCUGAUGAAGGAUCUUUACUUAACACUAUAAGGAAAGCCAAAGGAAAUGUAGGAUUUAUUCAUGCAUUUGUGGCGUCACUGUCCGUGAUCAUUGUGUCAGAGCUUGGAGACAAGACUUUUUUUAUCGCAGCCAUUAUGGCCAUGAGACAUUCUAGAGUGACUGUCUUUGCUGGUGCCAUCGGAGCAUUAGGACUCAUGACAAUUCUAUCAGCUAUCCUUGGUUACGCUACAACUAUCAUUCCAAAAUAUGUUACCCACUAUGCAUCAUCCUUAUUAUUCGCUGUGUUUGGAAUCAAAAUGAUCAAAGAAGGUUAUGAAAUGUCUCCGGAUGAAGGACAACACGAAUAUGAAGAAGUACAAGCUGAUCUUAAAAAACGAGAUGAUGAGCGACUGAAACAGAGUUCUGGGAUACAGGACAUAGAAACAGGCAUUAUCCGGACCCCCGGACGAAAUCUUUGCUAUGGAUUAUUAGGAACAAUCUUUCUUCAAGCUUUCACAUUAACAUUUUUGGCCGAAUGGGGAGACCGGUCACAAAUUGCUACCAUCAUUUUAGGAGCAAGAGAGAAUGUAUUAGGCGUUAUCAUAGGAGGUAUUCUAGGCCAUGCACUGUGUACAGGUCUAGCCGUCUUAGGAGGCAGAAUCGUAGCUCAGAAAAUUUCAGUCCGUACUGUGACGUUGACUGGUGGUGUAGUAUUCAUUGUCUUUGCCUUGUCAGCUUUUGCCGUGGGACCAUACUGACGGAGGAGCAGGUUUUAUACUAGGACUGUGAAGCAAAUAGAGAUUUUUUUAUUUAUUUUUAUAUCGGUGCACUGUGUUUUGUUGGUGACAGAAAAAUGUGAUAAGAAAAUACUCUUGCUGUUGCUAAUGAUGUGAAAACAUAUUACAAAUACCUCGUACACCUUUUGGUUUUUGAUAAUUCCUUGCUACAAUAAAUUACUUUGCUUAAAUUAAAAGCCCAUUGAGACACUAUACCUGUACUGAGAUUGCUAAAUUCAAAGUCAUCAUGUGACCUGGUCCCAAUACAGAGAUGUUAGGAUUCAAAUCAUUUUGGGAACUGGUACCAAAACAGAUGUAUUAAAUUCAAAUCAUCUUGCGUCCCAGUACCAAUACAGAGAUAUAUACAUGUUGCUGAAAAAUAACAGCAUUUUGAAGGGAUAAUUCCAUCAGAUUUUUGGCAAAAGAUACAACAAAAAUAUCACAGCAGUUUUCUUGACGUUAUAUGGUUGACACCGGUAACUUUGACAACUAGAAUUGUGCCACAUGUACACAACAAUAUGUUUAAAUUUGUGCUUGUUUUUGUUUUUAGUAUUAAAAGUUAUAUUCACAUUUGUAUUGAAAUUUGAGGGUAAAAAUCUUUAUCAUCAGACAUGAUAGAUAUGUAAUGUUAGUAUAUGCCGUCUUCAAACCAUCAUAUCUGGAUAUCAGUAAUUGCAGUAUGACCUUUCCAUGUCUUAUUGCCAGUCAUGGGGCUUAUUGCCAUACAUUGGCUUAUUGUCAAACAUGGCCUUAUUGUCAGACAAGGGCUUAUUGUCAGACAUUGGCUUAUUGUCAGACAUGGCCUUAUUACCAGACAUGCAUGGGUCUUUGUUUGCAGACAUUGGCUUAUUGCCGGGUAAAUGUGCCAAUAUAAAAAAAAUACUGGUUUUGCAUAUGGUCAAGUUGGUAGUAAAUUAUCACAUGCUGGACUAAAAAGGACCUGGAUAUUGAUUUUAAUGAUGUUUCAGUUGUGAUAGGACAGCUGAUAUGUCAUGGUUAUUUGUGAAGUGCAUUAAUUGUUUAAAAUCACAAUAAUACUAUGAGAGUGUUGUUAAAACUAACUAGUAUUCUAUCAUUUAGGAAUAUUAUCGACAUUGAUGUCGUAUUACUGGUACAACCUUACCAGUCCCCAUCCCCUCCAGUUAAUCACUGUCAUACAAUCUCAUUAUACCUCAUGGUUAAUAUAUAUGGGUAAAUGCCAUUUCCAGAUUUGACGGCAUAUGUCCAGGCAGAUACUGUAAAUAACAAAGGGUCAGGUCAUAGAUACUCUCCUUCUUGUAAUAUUUGGUUCAAUGUAUUCAACAGAAAUAAAAACUAAUAGUGAUUGAUAGGGAUAGUGUUAGACCGAAUACCAUAUUUGACCUAAGAAGUACAUUUUGUGCUUAUAAAAACAAGAAAGGGGUGAAGUUGAUAGAACCAUUAUCAGGGAAAGGUUUCCAUGUGAGAUCUGGGUGGGAUUUUUUAUCUUUUUUUUACAAAUCUUUAUGAAGCGAAAACAAUCAUGAGUCUUUGGAUAUAAGACUGAAGAUUAUUUUAAUAGAUCAAUGAAGUAAGGAACUCUUUAUAUGUUUACAUUAGCGCACCCAACCUCUUUUCCUGAAAAAAAAGAUGAGAGUGUGCUUACAGAGGAAGGUUUGCUUAUUAGGUCAAAUACGGUAUAUCUUUUUCUUUCUUUUUUUUCUUUUUUUUUGACAGUAUAGAAAUUAAAAGUUUAUCUAUAUUGGCUGUCUAGGAGCUAAUCCUUUGUCUCAAAAGUAGCAUUAUUUGAGCUACUCAUGACAUUGUUUGAAAUGUGUGGUAGAUGGAAUGUAGUUUCCAUAAAGAAUUAAGCAAAUAUUUUUUUUGGCAUCAUUCAUACAGAACAUUGCAUUUGAAAAAUGCAUCUUGUGUAUAAUAUAAUAUUCACAACUAUUUGGAUUUGAGGUUGAGAAUUUAUUAAUUAAAUGUUGGUUUGUGCUUUAUUUAAUUCAAUGAUUCAGACAUUAUGUGAUUGACCAAUAGACAUUUAACUACGUGUUGGCUGUGUAAUUACAUGCAGCAACAAUUUUGUAUUUAAAUUUUGAUCACAUUUUUCAUAACUGAAGCUAUUACUGUGACGUAUACCUUUAAAUAUUCUCCACAUUUACAGAGUUUUCUAUGUACAGUACUGGAACCAUGAUGUUUGUUUAUUGUGUUGUUUGAAGUUAAUGACAAAAAUUUGAACAUCAAGCAAAAAAUCAUUUCAAACUAUCAUUUUCCAUUGAUUGUGACUACGAUAUGUAUUAUUUCAUAUACGCUAUAUAUAGUUUCAAAGAACACUGGCACAAAGAACAUGAGCUCACAUGUGUACGAUUCAAUAUUCACAUACAAGCCGAUUUGGGAAUAUUCUGCUAUCCUGAUCUAUGUUUUCAUAGUACAUGUCAAAAGGAUUCAUCAACUACAACAUGAAUUCUACAAGCUUCAGACACUUCACCAGGGCAUCCAAAUUUCAUGGUUAAUAUCCCUGAACAAGGUCCAUUUCAGUUUAAUGUGUUAUUCAAUCAGUAAGUAUUAGAGGAGAAGCAUUGGAGAACAUUUGUAAUACCGAGUAAGCAUGUUUCUCAAGUUGUAUGAUAAAUACCUGGUACAUGCUUGAGUUAUAUACAAUAUAUAUACUUAAAUUUAUUAAAACUUCUUCAUUUAACAAGUGAAAUUUAAUUAAAGAAACUUGUUCAAUGAAUAAAUGUAACUGAUCUCUCAGAUUUAUAUAUACCAGGGUUAUAUGUAUAUUUAAUUACUGGGUAUAUAACACAAUGUAUUUCUUGAAUAUGCAGAAGUCAUUUUCCUUACUGGUACUUCUCAGCCCAGCGUUUUGGUUUUAAACAGGAUUCGUUUUUCUAUAAAUGAACUGUAAACAAGGCAGUAUGUGUAGUAGAAAUAACUUCAUGCUUAAGAGAGUCAUCAAUUGAAUAACAAAAAAAAAACUGUAAAACAUCAAAUCAGUUUGAACAA